GAUGCAGCGCGUGUCGCAAAUCUGCCGCGCCGAUCUGCGUCUGCGCGAGGUGCGGACGCUGGCGUCUGGCCUACGCGUGAGUCGCCUGCGCUGUGCCGGUCGGCGGAGUCCCUUCUGGGCGGUUUGCGGUGUGCCUCUUGGGUGGGCCUGUCCGGAAAACAGUCGUCACCGCCGGCUCUCGGUGGCGCGGAGUGAGUCCCUCGAGUUGUGAUCGAAGAGCAGUGCAGCCAUGGCUCGUGGUCCUAAGAAGCAUCUGAAGCGUGUAGCAGCUCCAAAGCAUUGGAUGCUGGAUAAACUGACCGGUGUGUUUGCUCCUCAUCCAUCUACCGGUCCCCACAAGCUGAAGGAAUGUCUUCCUCUCAUCAUCUUCCUAAGGAACAGACUGAAGUAUGCCCUGACAGGAGAUGAAGUCAAGAAGAUCUGCAUGCAGCGGUUCAUUAAGAUUGAUGGCAAGGUCCGAACUGAUGUCACCUACCCAGCUGGUUUGAUGGAUGUCAUCAGUAUUGGCAAGACUGGAGAGAAUUUCCGUCUGAUCUAUGACACCAAGGGUCGCUUUGCUGUUCAUCGCAUUACACCCGAGGAGGCCAAGUACAAGUUGUGCAAAGUGAGAAAGAUCUUUGUGGGCACAAAAGGAAUCCCGCAUCUGGUCACCCAUGAUGCUCACACCAUCCGCUACCCUGACCCUCUCAUCAAGGUGAAUGACACCAUUCAGAUUGAUUUGGAGACUGGCAAAAUUACUGAUUUCAUCAAGUUUGACACUGGUAACCUGUGCAUGGUGACCGGAGGUGCCAACCUGGGAAGAAUUGGUCUGAUCACCAACAGAGAGAAACACCCUGGUUCUUUUGAUGUGGUUCAUGUAAAAGAUGCCAGUGGCAACAGCUUUGCUACCCGGCUCUCCAACAUUUUUGUUAUUGGCAAAGGCAACAAACCAUGGAUUUCUCUUCCCCGUGGAAAGGGUAUCCGCCUCACCAUUGCUGAAGAGAGAGACAAGAGACUUGCAGCGAAACAGAGCAGUGGGUGAAAUGAUUUCUAGGUGUCAUGAUUGGAAGAGUCUUUGUCCCUAAUUAAAGAUAAUAUAGCAUGAUUAAAAAACAACAACAACAACAAAAACACUUCUCUAUAACACAGGACUUAGGCUAAUGUUAGAAAAAGAGCCCUUCAGAAACACUUCCAAACCAUCAUGAGAGGGCAGGCAGUUCUACUCCAUUCAAAAUAAUGGAUUUAUGUAAAUUGGUUAACAUCACUGUAUUUCAAGGUC